AUGGCUGGGGCUAGCAGUAGUUCUUAUUUUUGUGACGUAGGUGGUAAAACUUGCCAAACAACCAAUGCUAUCGAGGUGCACCAGCAUAUUAUUCCCACUUGUGGUGAGUCGUACUGUUGUACGGUACGUUACAAGGCUUCCUCGGAUAAGAGGACUCACGCGGAGGUGAAGCCUUGCAACUGGAAAUCGUGUUCGAAAAGUUGUAUCCGAAAAUGCCAUCCAACAGAUGUGCACGAGCAGGCACACACUAGCGAUAAACUGUGCUCGACAACCUUUACCAAAAAAUCCAAUCUUACGGAGCACAAUAAGCAACUCCACGCGUAUGACAAGCCGUACAAGUGCCGGCUAUGUUUGAAGAGUUUCACCCGAAAACACCAUCUAGCUAAUCACGAACGCAUCCACACCGGUGUGAAGCCGUACAAGUGCCAAUUGUGUUUCAAAAGUUUUGCUGAAAAAAAAAAUCUCACGGUGCACGAGCGAAUCCACACGGGCGAUAAGCCCUACGGUUGUCAAUUGUGUUCAAAACGAUUCGUUGAUAAAUCCAAUCUGACGAGGCACGAACGGGUCCACGCGGGUGAUAGGCUCUACGGUUGUCAAUUGUGUUCAAAACGAUUCGUUGAUAAAUCCAAUCUGANGAAAAAUAUCACCGUUACAGGAAUAUUAAAUAAAACUUAA